AUGUCCAGGUUUCAGCCCACCGUGUGCUUCGAUGGCGAGCCUUUGGGCCGCAUCUCCUUCGAGCUAUUUGCAGACAAAGUUCUAAAGACAACAGAAAACUUUCAUGCUCUGAGCACUGGAGAGAAAGGAUUUGGCUGUAAGGGUUCCUCCUUUCACAGACUGAUUCCAGGGUUCAUGUGCCAGGGUGGUGACCUCACAUACCAUAAUGGCACUAGAAGCAGGUCCAUCUACAGAGAAAAAUUUGAGGGUGAGAACUUCAUCCUGAAGCAUGCAGGUCCUGGCAUCUUGUCCAUGGCAAAUGCUGGACCAAACACAAAUGGUUGCCAGGUUUUUAUCUGCACUGCCAAGACUGACUGGCUGGAUGGCAAGCACCUGGUCUCUGGGAAGGAGAGAGAAGGCAUGAACAUUGCGGAAGCCAUGGAGCAUUUUGGGUCCAGGAAUGGCAAGACCAGCAAGAAGAUCACCAUUUCCGACUGUGGACAAUUCUAA